UCGGUGGUAACUUACGCCAAGCUCCCGACUUGCCGCCUCGUGAGCUCCAGAGCCGGACAACCACCCCUCCCCGUACCGACCUUUCGCUUCUCACUCUGCAUGCGUACCGACCUACCUGAGUAAGCCUUUAGCGAGACCAAUCGCACGGUUGCCAAGAGAAUGCGUCUGCCUUUGUCGUUUGGCGUCCUACCAUUUGUGAUGGCUAGUGGAUCCUGCCGAAGCUCUUCGUGGUUUCACAAGGCUGUUUGGAAACGUUCAUUGGUUGAACUCCUUCUAACGGCCACGGUGACGCCGAUGUACCUACAAGCUGUGAAUUCGCGACAGUUUGGUGGGGCUGCUCACGUGGCUGCUGAUACACCUCAGAUCAACCCAAGUCAUUCGUGCGUAAGUGAAAAGGUAGGCAACCGGCAGCUUACUCUUUGAUUUUCCACCUCAUCCAUUAGAAGGAUUCCAGUCUCCGUUGUCCUGGCAGACAUGGCACUCUCAAAUGCCAUUGGAGCAUGCGCCAGCUCGUACUCUUGCCUAUCUGGCUCCGUCUUCGGCAUUACGCUUGCAACCUCAUUAGUCUGCUACAUUGUGUACGUGCUGCUCUUGCACCCCUUAGCGAAGUAUCCAGGACCACUGCUCGGCCGGCUCACACAAGCCUACGACGUCUACCACGCCUACAAGGGCGAUAAGCAUGUCUUGCUCCACCGUCUGCACCAGAAAUACGGCCCUCUGGUGCGGUUAUCCCCGAACACACUGAGUAUUAAUGACCCGGCGGCCCUCAAGGCUAUCUACGCUCACGGUGCCAAUGUGCGCAAGUCGACCUUCUAUAAGUGCUUUCGAUCAGCCCCGGGCGCUAUCAGCACUCUUCUUGCUACAGAGAAAGCCCACCAUGCCAGGAAGCGCAGAGUAAUGGGUCAGGCCUUCUCCGAGACGGCCAUGCGUGGUCUCGAGCAGUACGUGCAAGGGCACGUGCAAGACCUUAUAGAAAGGCUCAAAUCUGUCGCCGAACCAAGCGAGCAGAAGGGAGGCUGUAGCGUUGAAGUCGACAUGGCAAGCUGGCUCAAUUGGCUCGUCUUUGAUAUCAUGGGCGAUCUUGUCUUCGGCAAAAGCUUCGGUACUCUCGGCGACAAGCCUGAAAACCGUGAAGGUAUUCGAUUGCUCGGGCAAGCUGCGAAGCGCAACUACGUCGUGGCUGCUAUGCCGGUCUUGGCGCAGCGUGGACUGGAGAAGUGGUUGCCCUUCCUGCGCAGUCUAUAUCUUGAUCGACAAAAAUAUCUGGCUUUCGGCAAAGCGCAGGUCAUGGCACGCACCAAGGAAAAUGGCUUCGGCGAGAGUGGCAGGCGUGACAUUUUCUCCUAUCUGUUGCACGCCAAGGAUCCGGAGACCGGCCAAGGAUUUCCACUACCGGAGUUGUUCAUGGAAGGCAAUACUCUGAUCGUCGCUGGCUCCGACACGAGUAGCACAACCAUGUCAGCAGUGCUAUACUAUCUCCUGCACAACUGCAACGCUCUGUCUCGCCUAGAGGACGAGGUUCGGACCACAUUCGCAUCUGCUGAGGACAUUCACAUGGGUCCGCAAAUGCAAAGCUGCUGCUGGUUGCGCGCUUGCAUUGACGAGGCGAUGCGGAUGUCUCCUGCUGUGGCUGGCUUGCUCCCCAGAGAGGUGCUCGAAGGUGGGUUCAGCAUACCAGCUAUGGGCCUCCACUUUCCAGCCGGCGUAGAGAUUGGCGUCUCAGCAUACGCGAUUCAGCAUCAUCCGGACUACGUUGACGAGCCCUUUACGUACGCCCCAGACCGCUGGCUGCACCAAGAUGAGAAGCUGCCCGAGGAUCGCCAGAAUAAAGAGGCUCUGCAUUCCGUCUUCUGCCCGUUCUCGCUCGGCCCCCGGAGCUGUCUGGGCAAGCCGUUGGUGUAUAUGGAGAUCAGCAUUGCUAUUGCAAGGCUGGUUUGGGAGUUCAACAUGAAGCUGGCGCCUGUUCAGCUGAGAGAUAAGACCUUCAUGCGCGACAUUGAGCGAGGGCAACGAAACGCCACAGAGUAUCAAUACUUGGACUAUUUCCUUUCCGCUAACGAGGGAGUGAGGGCUCAAUUCAAGGUGCGGCAGAGCUGAGCUGAGCAUUAGACGCGCUGUCGGAACGGUUCUUCCAACAUACUGACUUUCAAAACUCUGCUGCAGCAAUCUCAUGUACGAGCUAGAGUAUCAUAUAUGUACACAUUUCUUCGCUUGCGCUUGUCCGCAAUGCUCUAGCGCUUGAGUAUCAUGCUUGCGUUUGAGCAUAAGCCAUCACAACUGGUUCGGAGGACACCCUUGGCGCACCAAGACUGGGAUUCAUUAGCAUAUGUUUAGCGUCCAAAAUAUAGCCAUUGACGAGGUCAUCGAAGAGAGAUUGAAGUUGCGUCGCAACGUCAACGUUCAUAUUCUUCGCCGUGAUCCUGAGGCAGGUGCUCAAUGCGGAACGCUGAACUCUCGAAAGA